AUGAUCCACAAUAUCCCACAACCAGUGCUUGAAGAGGAGUUUACAAAGCUUGUGGAGCAAGAUUCGAACAUGAUCCUCAGAAAGGGAUUCAGUAUUCACGCCGUGCGACAGGGUGAGAAUGAGGUCGUCGCAACCGUCAAAGAAGCUCGGAGUGGAAACUUCCAUGACAUUAUCGCUCGGCACCUUAUAGCCUGCGAUGGGCAUAAGAGUAAAGUGCGCGAAAUUUUGAAUAUUCCUUCGGAGGGCGAGGCCUCAAAUCAAGUCAUGAUGACGAUACACUUCAACGCCAAUCUGCGACCAGUGGUUGGCGAGCGCGUUGGUAUGCUCUUUUGGAUUAUGGAUCCCCUUGCAGUGGGUGUGAUUAUUGGCUAUGACCUGAGUGGUACCCAAGUGCAUAUCAGCCAGAUGGAUAUCUCGAAGCGGCCUCUGGAGUGGUGGACUGAGGAGAUGUGCCGGGCGAUAAUACGCACUGCCAUUGGUCAGGAUGUACCAUUCGACAUCUUGAGCUUUCGGCCAUGGAUAUUCCGGCGACAAAUCGCAACCACCUUCCAGAAAGGAAAUGUCUUCCUCGCUGGAGAUGCAGCUCAUUCAUUCCCUCCGACUGGUGGGCUUGGGCUGAACUGUGGCCUCGCAGAUGUCCACAAUCUGGCUUACAAGGUUGCCUUGGUCCACCAGAACGCGGCGGGCCCGUCAAUUCUUUCAACUUACACAUCGGAACGCCGAAGUAUUGCGGAUGUUUACUCAAAACAGAGCGUCAAGAAUGGAAAGCAAAUCCUCGCUUUAGUGCAGAGUCUAAACACCGAAGGGGUGGAAGAUAUCACACAAGCUCGCCAGAACCUAACAGAAGCCUUGAAGAAUCCCAAGCAGCGACAGAAAGUUGAUCAAGAGAUAGAGGGACAGAAAGAACAUUUCGACAAUUCAAAGCGCCUCCUCAUGCCUCAUAUUACCGUCCAGUUCUCCCGAGGAGCUCGGGUGCCUCAUGCCUGGAUCUCGUUUACGGGUUCCAACCGACAAGGGGCAUCAAAACUCCGCCAAAAGCCAAUAGAUGUCUCGUAUGUGACAGAGCUCACUGCAGUUCAAGUCAACCGCUGUCAGUGGAGCACACUGGAUUUAUGCAAUCCAAACGCCUUCACUUUAAUUCUCGGCGAACAAGAGAGCCGGGAGAACCCGCGUACUUCGAAGGUCCAGACGCGCUUCCAAACUAUCAACAUCCAACUAAAUGUGUGGCGCCUCGGUAUAGACUUUGAUGUUGUGGAUCAGCCCUGGUUUGCGUCUGAGAUACACCGUGGAGGGCUUCUGGUGCGCCCUGAUCAGCAUAUUAUUAUGAGGAUCUCACACAGCACAAGCCGCGACAAGAUAAUCUCAUUCCUAGAUAGCCAUAUUGGCAUAUAG